AUGACUGUUGGUCAGGCUCCACGUCUAACGGUCAUUCCUCCAGACCGGGGAUCGUUCCCCCUUGACCACGAGGGUCUCUGCAAAGAAGUCAGUAAUCGUUACCUAAAGUGUGUCCAACAACUUAAGGGGAACGCAUUCGACUGUCGUGCUCUGGCGGCUGAAUAUAUGAAAUGUCGUAUCGACAAUAAGCUGUUGGCAGAAGAACCUCUAGUUAAUUUGGGGUUCCGCGAGAGCGAAAUUAACGCAGACGCCCGGUUACCUAAAACAGCAGUACCUGGAGACGUAUUAGUGAGGCAACGUGAGGACAGAAAGGAGUCCCAGGGUUUCGUUGCAGGCCAAAGUGUAGUUGAGAAUUAUGCAAGGGAACAGUCAAUCCUAUCCAAGACAAUUAAGAUAGAAAUCACGAAUUGUGUCUCACAAUUCCGAGCUACUUUGAUUGAUACAUUCAUUUGUCUUUUCGCAAUGGCAGAAAACACCGAUUCGAAUAUCCCCGGCGAAGACUGGGCACCAUGGACUGUGUAUAACAGUUCAAAUGUCUACGUAUGCCGUAGUUUAUCGCACCUAUUGUAUAGGCUGCAUACAGCACCGAGUCAGAAGCAUAAGUUUGUUCUUUCGACUCACAUAAGGAACUUCGAGGAUUCCUUUCGCUCAUCUGAGGUUAACACCGCCAGGAUCAUCAUGGCCCUUGAUCCUGAUUACCUAGCUCUAAUGCUUCGAUCAUCAGUCUCCAUUGCCAGUUGUGCACUGUCGAUCAUCACGUCACUGGUCUGCGAUGAUGCUUCUGCACGGCAUCUGGUCACACUGCUGCCUCAUAUAUGUUCAUUUAUGUCGUUCCUGAUAGAGAGUGAUGAUAAAGUUGACCCUACAACUGAGGAACUGCUGCAGCGUUGUUCUUUCUCGGCGUCACACCUUAAGGCCAGGUUGAUCUCAGACUGCCUUUCUAUUCUUACCUCAAUGGCACUAUUACUGGGCAGAGACACGAUUAAUGCGAGUACUAUGGACAGUAUUGACCUUACAGAGGCGGUUGAUGACCUCUCGCGGGACAUGUUCGACGUUGCUAUCGCCGAUGACGGGGCAUAUAAUGAGAACGCUGGUAAGUGUAUCACUCUGUCGCUAUCGUACAUUACGAUUAUUACAGCUACCGAGAAUUGCCAUCUGUGCGAACUUAUCGAACGUCGCGAAUUCAAAGAAGCGGCAAUGCUGGCUGAACAGCUGGAACGGGAGCUUGAUGCGUUAGCUGCGGCUCACCUGGAUGAGUCCAUGGCACAGGCGGCAGAAGCUGCGGAGACACGUGAGGAAGCAGACCUUUGCAUGGGACCUCUACUGCUUCGACUGGGUCAGUCGAUUUUACAAUCAUUGUCGUCAGCUAAGGGCGACCACGCUGCCUCUGAUAUCGCAACUAUAUAUCUGACAUCGCUGAAGUGCACAAUGGAACUUAUACCCUCACCCCAAAGAUCUACACUCCUGGGUGAAUGUUUGUCAUCUGAUAAUUUAGACGUGAUGGUAAUGCUCUUCGAACUCUGCACGACCUCAGAGUCGACGCUCAGCGGCGCCGAGGAACAGAUUCGCAUCUCGUCCGCGGCUGCAAAGCUCCUAGAUCAAAGUCUACACAAAUCUGGGAUAGCUUUGGCAAGCUCGUUCCUUGCACAGAUGUUGGAAAGGUACGGGCUUGCCGCACUUGGGUACGAUGCCGAAAAUAAGGAUGGUGGUAGUGACCUUAUGAAGCGCCUCUGCGCACUUGUUCGGCGCACUGAAAUCGAGAUACACCUGGGAUUGUAUGAUUUCUUAAGGUGUGGGUCCUCUGUAGGUGGUGUUAGUGCAUCAUUUCUCCUCUUGGAGACCAUUUUAGUAGGACUUGGUGAGCAAGAGUCGUUGUUACCAUCAUGCCAUGACCUUUUCGCUACUAUACAUCGUACUAUGAAUACAGUAUUCGAGUUUUUCGAUGAACUGGCACCAGAAAAUAAGGACAAGGCUGCCGACAUGCUUACAUGCUGCUCGCGGCUUAUAGGCUGCUGGAUGACCCUAGAGCCUUUGCAUCUCAAGUCAUUGUAUCUUCGCAAACUACCAAAGAUGCUUUCGGUCAUUUCACCAGAUGAUUUCAAGUGGCUUCUACCCACAUUCGAUUAUAUCGACGCUGUUGAUCUCGAUGCAGUGCCAUCAAUACUGUCGGCAUGUUUGAAUUGUCUGUCGCUUGCCGCAGCCGAGGUAAUGGAUGUUGGACAUACGGCGACCAAUGUUUGCAAUGACAACAAAACCUUUUCUAUGUGUUAUGGCAUGUUGGAACGUCUAUUCCUAGAAGGCACUACUGACUGCGCUGCUAUGUUAGCAUCGGUUGAUUUAGGAACAUUCCGCUCAUCAGCACCUCAUGAGUUGCGUGGUUUCGAUUAUGGGAAGAUAAUCGAACGUGGUAACGUACACUUCUCCCCGAGACCGCCUCUUGAAGUCUGCAUUCCUAUACCGGUUGAUAUACACGCGGUUCCAGGCGCAACAGCAGGGGCGCAAUGCGUUGUAGAGUUGAUGCAGUCAGACCUGGUGGCUAUGCUGUGCUGCUGCCAUCCAAGGCUGCGCCGCUCUACGGAGUCUCAUAAGGAUACACCUAUUGAUUUGAAAGCAAUACAUGAGGCAAUUGAUGGUUCUCUUACAAGUUCCGCUGACUUGAGGUCGGAAUGGUCGGAUACGCUGUGUAAGGCAUCUCUGGCUACCGCAGCUGUUUGUCUCUGUCGAUUACACCAGAGCGACGUGCGAACGUUUAUGGAAGGUUCAGCAGCCUUCAUUGUGAUGGUACACCUUAAACCCGUGGACGCACACCCCGAGGCAUUACAAUGUCUUGUUGAUGAUGGAUGGAUCUCCGCAGAUAGCGCUUCAUCAGCGGAAUUCGUGUGUUCGCUGGCGUCUGCCAUACGCUGA